CCUCCCUCCGCCCCCCAUGAAGUUCGGCCGCAAGAUAAGCAACGACCUCUACAACGAAUGGAGACCCUUCUACAUCGACUAUAACGGUCUCAAGCGAGAGCUCAAGGACCGGACCAUCUCUCGCAACUGGAACGACCAGGACGAGGUCGAGUUCACGCGCAUGCUCGAGGCAGAGCUCGACAAGAUCCACAACUUCCAGAAAACCAAGACCUACGAGCUCUCGCGCCGCAUCAACGAUUCCGAGAAGGCCGUCAAGCGCCUCGUUUCCGAUGUCGAGCUCCAUAACGGCCACCACGCCGAGCCGAGCACCGCGACGACCGACAGCGAGGCCCAGCAGCGCCGCGAGGGCGUCACCCAGGAUGCGGGCUCCGACGACGACGAUACCGACGACGAGGGCGACGACGCGAUGUCCAUCGACGCCCUCGAGGACCAGUUCGCCCUCCUCGAGGAGGAGGUCGCCACCCUCGUCGCCGACGUCCACGACCUCGCGCUGUACACCAAGCUCAACAUCACCGGGUUCAUGAAGAUACUCAAGAAACACGACAAACAAACGAACCGCCCGCUGAAACCCACGUUCAUUCAAGAAUACCUGGAGAAGCGUCCGUUCUACAAGUACAACUGGGACAGCCUGAUCGUCAAGCUCUCGAGGUUGUACGACCUGGUCCGCACUCGCGGCCACCCCGUGCAAGGGGACUCGAGCGCUGGGGGGAACCAGAGCGCGUUCGUCCGACAGACGACCAAGUACUGGGUCCACCCCGACAACCUGGUCCACCUCAAACUGGCUAUUCUGAAGCAUCUCCCCGUGCUCGUGUUCAACCCUGACAAGGAGUUCGAGCCCAAGGAUGCAGCCAUCUCGUCAGUAUACUUCGACAACGAGGAUCUGGAGCUGUAUCUCGGACGGCUCGAGAAGACGGAGGGCGCGGAGGCCGUCCGGCUGCGCUGGUACGGCGACAUGGACCAGAAGACGAUAUUCGUCGAGCGGAAAACGCACAGGGAGGACUGGACGGGGGAGAAGUCGGUGAAGGCGCGUUUCCCCAUCAAGGAGCACCUCGUCAACGCGUUCCUGCGGGGCGAGUACACGAUGGACGAGGAGUUCCAGGAGCUCGUGAAGAAGGGCAAGAAGACGCAGGCGGAGGUCGACAGCAUGAUCCAGCUCGCGAACGAGGUGCAGUACAGCAUCCUGACGAAGAAGCUCGUGCCCGUGAUGCGGACGUUUUACAACCGGACGGCGUUCCAGCUUCCCGGCGACGCCCGCGUGCGUAUAUCGCUGGACACGGAGCUGACGAUGAUCCGCGAGGACAAUUGGGACGGCCGCAUACGCUCGGGCGACAACUGGCGCCGGAUGGACAUCGGUAUCGACUUUCCCUUCGAGCAGCUGCCGCCCGAGGAUAAGGAGCUGUUCAAGUACGGUGUGCUGGAAGUGAAGCUUCAGACCCAGUACGGGCAAGAACCACCCGAGUGGGUUACCGAUCUCGUCUCGUCGCACCUCGUCGAAGCCGUCCCGAAGUUCAGCAAGUUCAUUCAUGGAUGUGCUACGCUCCUGCCCAACCGCGUCGACCUCGUGCCCUUCUGGCUGCCACAGAUGGAGGUCGACAUCCUCAAGCCCGACACCGGCGUAGUCACCAUCGAGCGCCCCCUGCACACGUCCUCGUCCAAGGGGACCUCCUCCGGCGCCGGGACGUCUGGGAAGACGACCCCCGAGCGCAUGCACUACACCGAGCCCGUCUCCGAGGGCGAAGAAGAGGAGAUGGACCUCGCGCCCGCCAAAGACGAAGACAAGCGCACGGGCCUCUCAAACCAGCAGGUCGCCGCCGCGGUCGCGAUCCGCGAGAAGAACCUCAAGGAACGCGAGCGCGCGCAGCUCCAGCAGCGGCGGGAGGACGCCGCGCACGACGCAGACGCAGACGCAGACGGGAAGUCCGACGCGGGGGAGGAGACGACGCCGUUCCUACGGCGGCGCGGCCGCCAGCAGGAGCGCGAGGCGGCGACGGCGAACGCGAUCGCGUCCGCGCUGGAUCAUACAGCGCAGGCGCGGGCGAUGUCGAUCGACCCUCUCGCGCCGUCGUCUGCGUUUGACGAGACGCUGCGCGAUCGCUUGCGGGAUGACGCGCAGAGGCGGAGGGUCGGAGGCGAGGCCGUUGAGGAUGAGGACGACGAUGCGGACGAUGAGGAGACCGGGGCGGGGGCGAGAGCGCAGCGGGCGAGGGGCGAGGGCCCGUCGACUAACGGCGAGGAUAGGCUCUUGGAGCGGAGCUGGAGGGCGCCGGCGGGCAAGCGGAUCGCGGUGCCCGUGCGGAUCGAGCCGAAGGUGUACUUUGCGGCGGAGCGGACGUUCUUCAAAUGGCUGCACCUCGGCAUCUUCAUCGGGACGAUCGCGACGACGCUGCUCAACUUCGUCCCGCCGGACGACGCGGUCGGGCUGAUCAGCGCGUGGUGCUUCACGGGCGUCGCGCUCGUCGCGAUACUGUACUCUGCGGUCGUCUUCGUCUACCGCGCGUACCACCUGCGCGAGCGCCGCGCGGAGGGCAUGUACUUCGACAUGUACGGGCCGACUGUGCUCUCCGUCCUGCUCGUCGCGGCGCUGGCGACGAAUAUCGGGCUGCGGAUGCGGGAGCUGUGAGGUUCGAAUGGGGGAUGGGUGGUAGGGGGUCGUCGGUCUGACGGAGGAUGCUCCCUCUUACGGACUGCGUUUUGCUCUGCUCUGCGAAUCUCUGUCGCUAUGUAUACCUUGCUUAUACUUAUGACCCUUGCCGCGCACGCGGACCCAUGCC